AUGGCAAAAGGAGACUACGAUACUGUCAUUGUAGUUGUUUCAAGCUCUGAAAUCGACACAGAUUCCUGCGACGAAGUUGACGCGUGUCAGAGGUCGGCGCAAUAUGCGGAAGCUCGGUCACCGUUGCGGAGCUGGAGCGGAGUCGGGAGUCCGCUUCAUGGUCAUUGCCACAAGAUGCACGCUUUCAUCUUGGAGUUGUAUGCGAAAGUGCUUCUAAUAGGAUCGCCCAUAAAUUCCCAUAAUGCCCCGACUGCCAAAAUCAACACCAACGCAGCGCAGAUUGAUGCCGUUUUUGCGUCUGAUCCUACUCUGGAACCGACGAAUGAGAAGCACUUUCGAAGUCGAGCUUUUACACCCCAUCUUCUAGUGAACCAGCUUUCUGGUUGA